CUCAUUCCAUCAGCUCAAUGAUAUUUAUGUGACCCAGAUACGGUACGAGCCCACAAGUAUCCGCAAUUUUCGCCUUACUUGUCGUCAGAGUGGAGCUUUUGAAUAACACUGCUGUGUAGAAAGCCUUUGCUUUGAGAAGAUGGCGGGAGAAACCGUGACAGCUCGAACCACGACCGCAGUUGGAUGUUAUCCACAGUAUCUCGCCACUGUUCCCGGGAUAUUCAAGAUAGUCGAAGUGGUUCUCUCUAUCCUGGUCAUCAUUUGCGCUGCUGUCGUAGUAAAUUCUGGCGUAAGCCAUUACUUCCCUGGCCUUACCUUCGUGGAAUUCGUAGGCAUUUUCUCCCUUGUGUUUGUGACUGUAAUCAUCAUCUUCUAUAUGACUCUCUUGGUGAAUAAGGUGCCCAUAUGGUUACUGUUGGAAUUUAUUGCUUUUGUGAUUCUGCUGUUGUUCUGGUUGGCAGCCUUUAUCACGGCUGCAGUUGAAGCUUCAAAGUAUGCUAACUGGAGGAACUCACAAUAUGCAGCAAGAGUCGCAACAAUAGUAUUUGCCUCGCUGGCAUUGGUGGUAUUUAUCGUAGAUUUUUUCUUCGUUGCGAGAGCUUGGCGUGGACGGCCAAUCUUUACUACCAUCUCUACCCAUCACUCCAGUACGACUACCACCACAACCACCACUGUCACCUCGGAAACCAAAUACUGAAGACCAGAAACUUCGGGAGUUUUAAGUAACAAUCAACGGUCAUGAGUAAAGAGAGGCGUAUAUGGGGUUAUGGCGUUAUAUAAUUAUUAUUAUUAUAAUAAGAAACAGUGAUAGCACUUUGGGGUCUUCAGUAAUUCUUUUGGUACUUAAAAAUGAAUCUUUCCAGUUCUAAAUUCAAAACUCGUAGUUAUACCAACGCUUUUCAGGCCGCAAUAUUUCUUCACUUCGUUGAAGUCUAGUAAGCUGUCUCGUGCAUCCCUUGCAUUUUCAUUUCAUAUUUGAAGAAAAAUUGUUGUAUAUAAGAAUAACUGGAAGUAACGUGCCUUAAGACACUACCACUGAUUAUCUGGAAAGAAAAUGGGACAAUUUAAGACAAACAAAGCCCCCAGUGCUGUCUCGUUUUUUUUUAUUAUGAUAUGAAUAUUCACGAUCAAAGUAUGUGACUUGGCGGGCGUCUUUUUUUAUACACAGGUGCUUGUAUAAGAUGAACUUGUUUUUUAUAAAGAAUUUAUGAAGACCUAGCUGGGGUAGCGCUAGCAAUUUUUUUCGCUUAGCCAAAUCACCA